AUGACAGAGGAAACACCAAGAUAUGCCGUAGUUACUGGAGCAAACAGAGGAAUUGGAUUGGAGAUCUGCAGACAAUUGGCGAGCAAAGGGAUUAGGGUUGUUUUGACAUCUAGAGAUGAGAACAGAGGAUUUGAAGCUGUUGAGACACUGAAGAAAGAGAUUGGAGUUUCUGAUCAAAGCCUUGUCUUUCAUCAGCUCGUGUCUGUGAUCCUACUAGUAUCACAUCUCUUGCCGAGUGUUAGUGGUGUAAUAACUGAUGUUGAUGCUUUAAGAGCAGGAACAGAAAAAGUAGGUUUCAAUUGGGAGGAAACUAUCACAGAGAAUUAUGAGCUAGCUGAAGAAUGCAUCAAGAUUAAUUAUUACGGACCAAAGAGAAUGUGUGAGGCGUUUAUUCCCCUUUUGCAGUUAUCUGAUUCUCCAAGAAUCAUCAAUGUAUCAUCCUACAUGGGUCAACUUAAGAAUUUGCUAAACGAAUGGGCAAAAGGAAUUCUGAGCGACGCAGAGAAUCUCACUGAGGAGAGAAUCGACCAAGCCGCGUUGAACGGUUACACGAGGAUCCUAGCGAAGGAACAUCCAGGGUUCCUCGUAAACUCGGUUUGUCCUGGAUUUGUGAAGACGGAUAUGAAUUUCAAGACUGGAGUGUUGUCUGUGGAAGAAGGAGCAUCAAGUCCUGUUAGGUUGGCUUUGCUUCCACAUCAAGAAAUCCCUUGUGGGUGUUUCUUUGAUCGCAAGCAACUCUCAGAGUUCUGA